AUGACAUCUUCAAAUGCUGGUAACAAAACCUAUGAAACGGAUGUGAGCAAGCAUUUGGAAGCAGAUAAAUCAUUGAUAUUGAUUGAUGAUUGUAUGCUUGUUCAGGUGAUUGGUGUGAUAUCCGUGGUUGUGAUACUGGUAUCAGUAGCAGAAUGCAGAAGAUUUAACGGCAUUGAAUAUCCUGCAAUCAACUGCAGAAAGCACAGUGCGGUAUUGACUGAUUUUGGUGGCGUUGGUGAUGGAAAAACUUCCAACACAAAGGCAUUUAAAUAUGCAAUAAGCAACCUGAGCCACUAUGCAUCUGAUGGUGGUGCACAGCUUGUUGUGCCACCUGGCAAAUGGCUCACUGGAAGCUUUAAUCUCACAAGCCAUUUCACUCUCUUUCUCCAAAAGGGUGCUCUCAUUCUUGCAUCUCAGGAUGAAUCAGAAUGGCCUCCACUUCCUGUUCUACCAUCUUAUGGAAGGGGAAGAGAUGCUCCUGAUGGAAGAUUUAGCAGCCUCAUCUUUGGAACUAACCUCACUGAUGUUGUGAUCACCGGUGCUAAUGGCACAAUUGACGGGCAAGGAUCAUAUUGGUGGGCCAAGUUCAAACAGAACCAAACCAAACUGACUAGACCAUACUUGAUAGAGAUCAUGUACUCUGAUCAAAUCCAGAUUUCAAAUCUCACUCUGCUCAAUUCUCCAUCCUGGUUUGUUCAUCCGAUAUACAGCAGUAAUAUAAUAAUUCAAGGGCUUACGAUUGUUGCACCAGUUGACUCUCCCAACACAGAUGGAAUAAACCCAGAUUCAUGCAGAAACACUAGGAUUGAAGACUGCUACAUUGUAUCGGGAGAUGACUGCAUUGCAGUGAAGAGUGGGUGGGAUGAAUACGGAAUCAAAUUCGGGAAGCCAACGGAACACGUGAUCAUCAGGAGACUGACAUGCAUAUCCCCCGACAGCGCCAUGAUUGCAUUAGGCAGUGAAAUGUCCGGUGGCAUCCGAGAUGUGAGGGCUGAAGACAUCACGGCCAUCAACACGCAAUCGGCGGUUAGAAUCAAGACAGCAAUUGGAAGAGGAGGGUAUGUUAAGGACAUAUUUGUCAAGGGAGCUCAAUUGCACACCAUGAAGUAUGUCUUCUGGAUCACCGGUUCAUAUGGCUCGCAUCCUGAUAAUGGUUUUGAUCCAAACGCGCUUCCUCAAAUCACUGGGAUAAACUACAGAGACUUCACUGCUGACAAUGUCACAUAUUCAGCAAGACUCGAAGGCAUCUCCAAGGACCCCUUUAGUGGAAUAUGCAUUUCAAAUGUCGAUAUUCGACUCAGUCAAGAGAAGAAGAAGCUUCAAUGGAAUUGCACGGAUGUCUCUGGAGUUACAAAGAAUGUCAUUCCUCAGCCUUGUGAUUUGCUUCCUCUCAAGACAGAAGCCCAUGACUGUCCUUAUCCAACUGACAAACUCCCCAUUGAUAGACUUCAACUCCAGACUUGUUCACUUUAA